GCCUGCAGGACCUCUCCAUAUUGUUCUGUGUCUGCCAUACAACAAAACCAGGGUCUCUGCUGCAAAAUACAGCCAAGAGCAGGACUGAGCUGCAGACAGACAGGGGCAGGUCAGGGGGCUGUUGGUGUACAAGUCGGCCAGUCACGCAAACAUUUCUUUGCUUAUAUUAUUUGGGUUGGAUUUGUCUGUGUUGUGCUAUAUCUCGAAUGAUGGCCAGCAACAAGGAGACCAGACCGCUUGAUACCAUGACAGUAGCUGCCCCAGAGGAAACUCAGGGUGAUAAUGAUACAAGGUCCAGACAGAAAAAAGAAGAGAAACUGAUCGUGACAGCCUGGCAAAGCAUGUCCUCAGCUCUGCGGCAGCUCAGUCUGUGUAAGGACUCCAGAGCUCCAGGCCCGGCUCAGUCUUUCCUGGCCAAGCAGAGGCAAUCCACCCAGGCCAGGAGGGCGCUCUCCCCCCGGCUGCAGCCCAGGUAGGAGCCUCCAUCGGCAGGGAGAAAUGGAGGAGUGCAGCCCACUCAUGGGCAUGAUGAAAAGCAAGAUUGUGGAAGGUGUGAAUUUCUUCGAGUCACCGUCUGUGCUCUAUUUGGUUGGCUGCUAUCGCCCCCUGCUGGUCAUUGUUGGAACUGAAGUGAUAUUUGUGACUUGAUAUAAUAUCUAGUAGUGUCAUAAAUUAGUUUUCUUUUAGUUUUAUACCUAAAUGUGUGCUUGUCAAUAAUCACCAGAGUAUCUGCUCCAUUUAUCAUUGUAUAAUAUUUAUACAUUUAUUUGUGCAGGUGAGAUUCAAUUUCCUUUAGAAAUAAUGCAAAACAUUGACUAUUCAUUUUGUCAUUAAUGUUAGACGGUUAUGUUAUCUCAUUCAUUUAAUUCAAUAUUUGUUUUAAAUUAAGCUUUAGAAUACAACAGAUAAUACAUUAGAAAGCAUUCUAUUUAAAGGGACAUUUUAUUAAUCAAAGAAAAUAAAGUAAACAAAGAAAAUUGUCACCUAUUGUGUCUGUUCAUUUUAGCACCAUUUGUUCAGUCCAAACUUUUGUUAAUCCUCUCUACUAGACUUCAGUAAACAUAGGCAAUAUAUUGAUAUUCUACAAAAUAAUGUGCAGAUCAUUUUUCCUUUAAACACACUCUUUGAUUUUAAUAAACAAUUGGUCUCCGUUUCA